AUGUCACGACUGCAUCUUCGCUUCCCUGAUGGAUUCAGAUGCCGGCAGCGGGGAACGCUCAGCCAAUUACUGCCAAGCACUGUGGUGAACGAUGGGAUUCAAAAUUUUUUUAGAGGCAGCGCUUCCAGACUUUCCUUUCCUAGCCUCCCACGAUUCAUUUGAACCCAUGCAUGAAGAUAAUGCCAACAUUGACCUAAGCACAACUCCUCAAAUCCCGGCACCUUGUCAAGAACAAGAGCAACGUCGCGGGCGACGUCGCCAUUCGGUCGUCACUAUAGACCUUCCUGAUAUUGCCCCUCCAGAAUAUACCACCGCUACAGUAUUGUCUAAACCUCCAGUAUACGCCGAGACAGAAAAUGCCAACCCACAACGCCCGCCCAGGAUAUUUGAAGCCGGCUCUACACCAUCUGUUCCAAGUGGUGGGUUCUACGAACAAUAUAUUGAUCGUACAGCAGCCAUUGAAAGCAGACCUAGGUACCAAAUGCCCUGGUAUCGGCACAAGGUUACUAUGUGGGUGUGCCUAUUUGCCGUUAUUGUAGUCAUUAGUGUCAUAAUUCAUUUCAUACAUCCAAACACUCUAUAGUUACAGCCUAAAU